AUGUGCAAGGACGUUCGUAAUCCGGCGUGCCACGUCUUACAAAAGGACGCCCACAAUCAGCGAAGAAUUGCCGAAAUCUUUUCGGAGGCGCUAACGGGAGAGCCGACCGGGAUCCCACUCACCUCUGAUCAUGUCUUGGCACUCCGGGCAGUGGUUCAUCGCGACGCUGAGCUCGCAGCCGUAGCAGCGGCGCUGCGGUUGGGCCACGGCUACGGGAACACAGUGACACCUCCUCAGAUCCCCGCACCAGGGCACCACGUAGGCGGCAUCGUUCUGGGGGCCCACCGGAUCCAUUGCAGACACGUGAACACUGACGGGCGGGCGAUCAGAGAGCGCGGCUCGGGAGCGCGUCACGGCUCGGCAUCGCGGCCGCGUCUGAUGCGCUGGGCCAGUUAUCCGAGUCUAGAUGCAGGUGCGGCGCCCCAGAGGCGGUGCGCCGUGCCGCCC